AUUUAUAAGGUGAUACAGAGUGAACGUGGAUCUGGUGCGAGUUGCGAGUGCGAUCUGUUUUGUCUCUUUCACUCAUAUGAUCAUUGGUGAGGUUGAAGUGAGAUAGCAUAGGUUAUUCGAUUUCAAAUCGUAAGUUAAAUGAUGUUUCGCUUGAUACUCCUUACUAUCCUAAUUGGUGUCGCUGCACCAAUACUAUACGUCUACUUCCAAAGCCCCCCUCCGUUACCAGAAAUCGACCUGGAAGAGUGGUGGGGGCCCAAGCUAGACAAAUCUAAGUACAACGACGCUAUUGUACCUUUUCAAGUGCAGUUCAGUAAUUCGAUCGUCAAAGAUAUCAAGGAUCGUCUAAGAGGCCGCAAUCCGCUGACUCCGCCGUUAGAAGGGAUAGCUUUCGAAUAUGGCUUUAAUAGCAAGCAGCUAGAGUCGUGGCUGAAGUACUGGGCGGAGGAGUAUCCAUUCAGCGAUCGUGAAAAAUAUAUUAACCAAUAUAAACAUUUCAAGACUAACAUUCAAGGAUUAGAUGUUCACUUCGUCAGAGUAACGCCAAAGGUCCCUCCAGGUAAGGAGGUGGUACCACUACUGCUACUGCACGGAUGGCCAGGGUGCUUCCUGGAGUUCUAUGAUGCUAUACCGCUGCUCACUGCUGUGAAUAAGGACAGGGAUUUCGAAGUCGAGCUGAUUAUACCCAGCCUGCCUGGUUAUGGGUUUUCAAGUGGUGCAGCCCGGCCUGGUUUUGGAUCUGAUAAGAUGGCUGUUGUAAUGAGAAACCUGAUGUCUAGACUCGGUUACAAGAAGUACUACGUGCAAGGUGGAGAUGCAGGCGCCAUUGUUGGCAGUGUUAUGGCUACCUUCUUUCCAAAGGAAGUGCUUGGCUAUCACACAAAUUUUGCUCUUCUGACAUCUCCAUGGUCGACGAUGGUUCGUCUAUUGGGCGCGAUAUAUCCUCCCCUAGUAGUCGAUUCCGAUAUUGCCGACAGGAUGUAUCCUCUGGGGACACACUUUAGUAACGUUUUGCAGGAAAUGGGUUAUUCCCAUUUGCAGGCUACUAAACCAGAUACUAUUGGCACGGUCCUAGCCUACUCUCCAUCAGGAUUAGUAGCGUAUAUUCUAGAAAAAUUCUCCACUUGGACUAAACCGGAGUACCGCUCGCGGCCCGACGGCGGUCUCACGCACUACAAGAAAGAGAAGCUCAUUGAUAAUGUAAUGAUCUUCUGGGUGUCUCGUUGUAUGACGACAUCUAUGAGACUGUAUUCGGAGACGAUGAACAAGCGGUUCCUUGGGUUGGGACUCGAUCAAAUACCAACACAAGUCCCGACCAGCGUUAUCCAGGCGAAGUAUGAAUUAUUCUACGAACCGGCUUGGAUCUUGAAGUCUAAGUAUCCCAACCUUGUAAAGGCCACCGUCCUUGAUCACGGUGGUCACUUCUUUGCUAUGGAAUUACCUGAUGUAUUUGCUGAGGAUGUUUUGACAGCGAUUGCUUCGUUCAGGAAUUGGCAUAAGGAUAAUAGAACCGAGUUGUAAAUAAAGUU